UAGGACAGUAAAGUGAACUUUGGUCACCGUUAUUCUGCGGGACGUCCCGGUUCACAAGCAGAGGAAUCUAAUCACAACUCAUUUAUUUUACUCAUGAAAACUUCACGUGUGUCCACACACUGCGUAUAUCUGAGGAUUUCCUUCACGCGGAGUUUUUUCUGUUCUGCACAAUGGAAAUUUCAUCCCUGCUCGUGAGAGGAACGCUGUGAGUUUUACUGGAUGAAUGCUGACAGGAUUUUACCUCGCAGAAAGUUUUAAAGUUAUUUCAAGGAUAACGUUUGGGAAAUAUACGAGGUGUAAAGUCUUUGGUGCUACUUUGGAUCCGGUUUGGAAAAGUUUUUCUGUCUUUCUGGGAUAUGAUGUUUUUAAUGUGAGGUGAAUGUGUCAGGUUAGGGAAAACCCUGACUGGAUUUGUGAUUAUGGCGCUUUCGGGGAGAUCUCUGGACAAUUUUUACCUCAUUUUAUUCAUCGUAUGGACUUUUUUAAGGUGCUCGCUGUCCAGCCAGGUUCGGCAGGAGUUUAAAGUUUUUGAAGAGCAGCCGGUGGGCACUUACGUGGGCACCAUUGAAACCAAACCCACUUUCACAUAUAGAUUUAGCGAACAACACAAACUUUUUUCCAUAAACGCCACGACUGGCGUCAUUUACACUUCAUCCGUGAUCGACCGAGAAGUUCUUCCCAGCAACAUCAUCAAUGUGGUGGUUCUUUCCAGUCAGCCAACUUACCCCACUGAAGUUCGUAUCGUGGUUCUGGAUAUAAAUGACAACGCGCCCGUGUUUCCAGACGCGUCGAUCGUCGUGUCAUUUAAAGAAGACGCGAGCAGCGGGCGACAGGUGAUUCUGGACACGGCGACAGACGCCGACAUCGGAAGUAACGGAGUCGAUCACACAACGUACCGAAUCGUGAGCGGGAACGAGCAGAGAAAGUUUCGCUUGGAUAUCACCGUCAACCCGAGCGGGGAGGGCGCGUUUUUGCAUCUCGUUUCCACGGGGGGAUUGGACAGAGAAAUUACCCCCUUCUACCAGCUCCUCAUCCAGGUGGAGGAUAAAGGAGAACCCAAAAAGUUUGGCUAUCUACAGGUUAACGUCACCAUUCAGGAUAUCAAUGACAAUCCGCCUGCUUUCGAACAGGAUCAGUAUCAGACCGAUGUGUAUGAGGAUGCAGCCAUUGGCUCAAGCGUUUUACAGUUAACAGCCACAGACCUGGAUGAGGGAGCAAAUGCUGAUAUUAGCUAUUUUUUAGACGAGGGAACUCCAUUUCAGAUAGAUCCUAAAGCUGGAACUAUUAUUAUUAAAGAGGCAUUAGAUUAUGAGACCAGGAAAGAGUAUUCCCUUACGAUACAUGCUGUGGACAAUGGCACUCCAUCUCUGUCAGGCCGGUCGGAAGCAACUAUAAAAUUACUUGAUGUUAAUGACAAUGACCCUGUUGUUAAAUUUCGCUAUUUCCCCACAACCUCUAAAUUCGCAUCUGUGGACGAGAACGCUCAGGUGGGCACUGUAGUUGCUUUACUGACAGUUUCCGACUCCGAUUCGGCCACUGCUAAUGGCAAUAUAUCCGUCUCUAUACUUGGCGGAAACGAACAGAGGCACUUCGAAGUUCAUAGUUCGCCAGUCCCUAAUUUGAGUUUAAUCAAAGUGGCCAGUGUGUUAGACAGAGAGCGAAUCUCCUCCUACAAUUUGACCGUUUCGGUGUCGGAUAAUGGCAGGCCUGUGGCACGCUCCUCCUUUGCCAGUCUUGUUAUAUUUGUGAAUGAUAUAAACGACCAUCCGCCCAUAUUUCAGGAAGCUGUGUAUAGAGUAGACAUUAGUGAGGACAUUCCUAAAGGCAGCUACAUUAAAGGGGUCUCAGCCACAGAUGGAGACUCUGGGCAGAAUGCCAAUCUGCGCUACUCACUGGUGUCUGGAAACAGUUUGGGGUGGUUUGCCAUCAGUGAGAACAGCGGUUUGGUUACCAGCGCUGCAGCUCUUGAUAGGGAAAUAGCAUCUGAAGUAGUGCUGAAUAUCAGUGCCAAAGACCAGGGCCUGCAGCCAAAAAUCUCCUACACCAAACUGAUAGUGAAAAUCACAGAUGUCAAUGACCAGGUUCCCACAUUCGCUCAAAGCACGUAUCACAUCUCCUUAGUUGAGCAUUCCCCAUCUGGCUCGGAGCUCGUGGUGCUGUCCGCCACAGAUUCGGAUCUAGGGGCCAAUGGCACGGUCCGUUCCUCGUUUGACCCUGAAACACCUGUGAGCAUUCAAAAUCUGUUUAGGUUAGAUGCAACAUCAGGACGGUUGAGCACAGCUACAGAGCUAGACAGAGAAGUGGAAAGCUCCUAUUUGUUGCACAUCAAAGCCACAGAUGCAGGCAUGCCCCCACUAUUUUCUCUCUGCAAAGUAAAUGUCACAAUUAAGGAUGUUAAUGAUAACAGCCCAGUGUUUUAUCCUGUGCAGUAUUUUGCUAAUAUUAAAGAAAACGAGCCUUCUGGCUCAUUUGUCACAUCAGUGUCAGCUUCCGAUCCUGACCUGGACCGAAAUGGCACUGUUAAAUAUGCCAUCACCGCUGGUGACUCUUCAAAGUUCCACAUCAACAGCAUUUCGGGUAAAAUCACAACCCUAGUGCCUCUAGAUAGAGAAGAAAGAACUGCCUAUCAGCUACAGGUCACAGCAACAGAUGGAGGGGGUUUACGUUCACACGUACAGGCUAUAGUCACCAUCACUGUAGUAGACACGCAGGAUAACCCUCCUGUGUUCAGUCAGAAAAAAUACAGCUUUGUUAUGUUUGAAAAUGUGGCUGUGGGCACCAUUAUAGGCACUGUGUCAGCCACCACAGUGGAUCUGAACACAAAUAUUACUUAUCUGAUAGCAUCAGGGGACCAGCGGGGUCUGUUUGCAAUUGGUAGUGCCACAGGGCAAAUCACAGCUUUAGGCCUGAUAGACAGGGAAGAGCAGGCAUUUUACCAGCUCAGAGUAAUUGCUAGGGGUGGGGAGGUUACAGGGGAUGCAUUAGUUAACAUCACCGUAAAAGAUUUGAAUGAUAAUGCCCCCCAUUUCAUUCACACGGUAGAGCAUGUCAGCGCUGUGGAGAACUGGGCCACGGGUCACCACAUAUUCCAAGCAAAAGCCUCCGAUCCAGAUGAGGGGACCAAUGGUGUGAUUGUGUACAGCCUCAAACAGAAUCCUAAAGGCCUGUUUCACAUCCAUGAGAAACACGGCUUAAUCACACUCACUGGCCCUCUAGAAGUCACCACUAGCUCCUACCAGUUAGAGAUUUUGGCCUCCGACCUUGGUAUCCCGCAGCACACCUCUAGUCUCGUCCUCACUGUAAGUGUGUAUGAUGUCAAUGACAAUCCGCCGAUAUUUGAUCAGCUUUCUUAUGAGGUCACCAUUUUGGAAUCGGAGCCGGUGAACAGUCGUUUUUUUAAAGUUGAGGCCACUGAUAAAGACUCUGGGCUCAAUGGUGAAAUUGUGUAUGACAUUAUUAGCGGUAACACAAAUGAUGUGUUUGGGAUCUUCCCCGAUGGACAGUUAUAUAUUAAAGCAGAUUUAGAUAGAGAAGUACAAGAUCGAUACAGUUUAUUAGUGGUGGCCAAAGACAGAGCUGUUGAGCCUCUGAGCGCCAGUGUUAAUGUGACUGUACUCCUUGAUGAUGUCAAUGAUAACCGUCCGCUUUUUAAUAGUACAAAUUAUGUUUUCCAUUUUGAGGAGGAACAAAAGCGAGGCUCGCCGGUUGGGCGGGUUUUCGCAGAAGAUAAAGACUUUGGACCGAAUAGUGAGGUCCGUUACUCAUUUGAAAACCCACAGUCGAACUUUGAGCUUAACACCAUCACGGGUGAGAUCACCAGCACGCUUCAGCUCGACCGUGAGUCUCUCAUGAGACAAAGAGGUGCUGCAGUAUUCAGUUUCAAUGUCAUGUCUUCUGAUCAGGGCCUUCCCAAACCUCUCAAAGACCAGGCCAAAGUUCAAGUAUACAUACAGGACAUCAAUGACAACCCACCGAAAUUUACAAAAGACGUCUUUCAGGCCUCUAUCUCUGAAUCAGCCCAGAAUCCAACACAACUGCUCAGAGUGUCUGCCUCAGAUGUAGAUGAAAAUAAAAAUGGCCUUGUUCGGUACAACAUUGCGGAGGGAAAUGAGGAAAAACAAUUUAGCAUUGACAGCAAUUCUGGUCAAGUGACUCUAGUGGGAAAACUAGACUAUGAGACAACACCCUUUUACUCCCUGAAAAUUAUAGCUGAGGACUCUGGCAUUGUGCCCCUGUCGUCCACUUGUGUGUUGAGCAUCACUGUUCUGGACGAGAAUGACAACUCGCCCUUGUUUCCCAAACCUACCCUCACGGUAGAUGUUCUGGAGAACAUGCGGAUUGGGGAGCUGGUCGCCUCUAUAACUGCUACAGACUCUGACUCGGGUUCCAACGCUGACAUCACAUUCAGUAUCUCUGCCACAAACAACCACGGUACAUUCAGCAUUAGUCCCAAUACUGGCAGUAUAUUCCUGGUUAAAAAACUGGAUUUUGAGACCCAGUCAUUGUACAAACUCAAUGUCACAGCCAGAGACAACGGAAGGCCACCAAGGUCAUCCUUUAUUCCUGUCAUCAUUCAUGUACGAGAUUUUAACGACAAUCCUCCUGUUUUUACUCCAGGUGACAUUUUUAAGUCCAUCCCUGAAAAUCUUCCCCAAUCUACAUCUGUCAUGACUAUAACAGCUCGCGAUACAGAUGCUGACAUAAACGGUCUGUUGGAAUAUUCAGUCGUGCAGCAAACCCCAAGGGGUGGUCACUUCCGCAUUGACCCAGUGUCUGGAGUUAUUUACACAAAUGGGGAAAUCGACAGAGAGUUCUCCAACAUCUUUGAGCUGACCAUUAAAGCGUCAGACCAGGCUGUACCCGCUGAGUUUCGUCGUUUUGCUCUCAAGAAUGUGACAAUAUGGGUGACAGACCAGAAUGACAAUUUGCCUGUAUUUAUCUCCCAGAAUGCCUUAGUGGCUGAAUCAAACAUUGUGAUCGGUUCCAUUCUUACAACCGUCGUGGCCUUUGACCCAGACGAAGGUCCGAAUGGAGAGGUGGAGUAUGAGCUAGUAAGAGGAGAUUUUGAUACGUUUAUCAUGGAUCGUUAUAGUGGGGAUAUCAGACUAGCGUCUCAACUCGUGCCCUCCAAACUCAUAUAUAGUCUGACCGUGUCUGCUACAGAUCACGGCUCAGACCGCAAGACCUCACGGACCGAGCUCACAAUCAUCCUUCAGGGUACAGAUGGGCCAGUUUUCUCUCAACCCAAAUACAUCACAAUCCUGAAAGAAGGCCAACCGCCCGGAACCAACGUCAUCUCACUGGAUGCCUCCAGUCCACGUGGAACUGGUGCUAAGGUGGAGUUUUUUAUUGUCUCAGUUCAGAGCGAAGGGAAGGCUGUAGGCCGGCUUUUCACCAUUGGCCGUCACACCGGGGUGAUACAAACAGCUGCAGAACUGGAUCGAGAGCAAGGCUCAAACCUGUACUUGCUGGACGUGUACGCCAUUGAAGCAGACGCAAACCAGCCCAGAACGCAGCACGCAGAGGUCGAGAUCACCCUACAGGAUGUGAACGACAACCCUCCAGUGUUUCCCACAGAUAUUCUGGACGUCACCAUCCAGGAGAACAUCAGCGACGGCUUCAGGAUAAUGCAGCUAACAGCCACCGACGCAGACGAGGGUCCGAAUGCUUUGGUGACCUACGCCAUCAUUAGUGGAGCGGAUGACAGCUUCCGCAUCGAUCCCGAAUCCGGUGACCUGAUUGCCACAAAGCGUCUGGACAGAGAGCGCCGCUCAAAGUAUUCUCUGCUGGUUCGGGCAGAUGACGGGCAACAGUCGUCUGACAUGCGGGUCAACAUCACCGUCAGUGAUGUCAACGAUCACAUGCCGAAGUUUUCUCGCUCCGUGUACUCCUUCGAUGUCCCAGAGGACAUGGCUCCUGGCUCUAUCGUGGCAGCCAUACUGGCCAGUGACUCCGAUUCUGGGCUGAACGGUGAGGUCACAUAUUCCGUAGAGGAAGAUGACGAAGACAGCACCUUCCUCCUGAACCCUGUAACCGGGGUGUUUAACAUCACCCGUCCUCUGGACUAUGAGUCUCAGCGGUUCUACAUCCUGACGGUGCAGGCUCAUGACGGUGGAGGGCUCUUCAGCUUCGUCCGAGUCUACUUUAAUAUUCUGGAUGUCAACGACAAUCCGCCUGCCUUCAACAGCUCCAUGUACAGCACCUCUAUUCUGGAAAGUUUGAACCCAGGAGCGGCCGUCCUUACCGUGAGCGCCAGAGAUGCAGAUGAUGGGCUGAAUGCAGAGUUACAUUAUGCUAUUGUGUCAGGCGACCCACAAUCCCAGUUUUCCAUAACUAACACAGGCGUCCUACAGACUACAAAGGUUUUGGAUAGAGAGACGCAGUCUUUCUACAACCUGGUUAUCACUGUCAACGACUUGGCUCCGCCUCCCAUGACCCGCUUCACAAGUACCGCGCAAGUGUCAAUCAUACUCCUGGAUGUCAACGACUGCCCACCAACCUUCAUCUCUCAAAAGAUGGCAUAUGUUCAGGAGAAUACCCCCGUGGAUACUGUGGUGUUUACUGCCCAGGCUACGGAUGCUGACAGCGGGCCAAACAGCUAUGUGGAAUAUUCCCUUAAAGGGAUGUUUGGAAACAAGUUUAGCAUUGGGAACAUCAACGGGGAGGUGGUGUUGGUGGGAGAAUUAGACCGUGAGGAGAUGUCAAAUUAUACACUUACAGUCGUGGCCACGGAUAAGGGAGAACCGCCUUUUUCCUCCACCAUGGAGGUCACGAUGAUUGUGUUGGAUGUGAACGAUAACACGCCCAGCUUCUCCCAAAACAUCUAUGACAUAGAGAUCGAGGAGAACACGCUCACUGGAACCGAUGUGCUCCAGGUUUUUGCCAGCGACGCGGAUGAGGGAACCAAUGGGCAGAUUCGGUUUUCCAUCGUCACUGGGAAUGUGAAUUCAGAUUUCCGGAUCGACUCUGUAACAGGAGUUAUUUCAGUGGCGAAACUCCUUGAUCGGGAAAUGCAGCCAUCGUAUUCUCUGGUCGUUCAGGCUGCAGACCGUGGCAGCAGCCCCCGGACGGAUCGAUCUACGGUUAACGUAGUGCUUUUGGAUGUAAACGAUUGUGUGCCAACGUUCGAGCUGUCACCCUACUCCGUCACUGUUCAGGAAAACUUAGGGAACCUGCCCAGGAACAUCUUACAGGUUGUUGCCCGUGAUGAUGACUUGGGUACUAACGGUCAGAUCAGCUACACUCUGAGUGGUGAUAGUGAUACGGCAUUCAGCCUCACCUCCAACGGUCAACUGAGUCUGAUCCAAACGCUGGACCGUGAGACACAGGACAAAUACACGCUCAUCAUCACAGCUCAUGACUCAGGUUCUCCAUCUCUGAGUGGUUCGGGAACAGUAAUAGUGUUGGUUGGUGAUGUUAAUGAUAAUAUUCCAUCAUUCAACUCGAUGUCUUUCUAUACAACCAUUCCUGAAGACGCUCCCACUGGUACAGACGUCCUGCUACUCAACAGCUCAGACGCUGAUGUGGGACUCAAUGGAGUGAUCAGUUACAGCCUCAGUGGUGGAGACGGUCAGUUUUCAAUAAACCCAUCCACAGGGCUGAUCAUCACCAGUUCCCUGCUGGAUCGAGAGACACGGGCAAGUUACCAGCUGCUGGUGGUGGCAGUGGAUGGUGGACAGCCCACACCCCUGUCCAGCUCUGCCACAGUGUCUGUGGUGGUGGCUGACAUCAAUGACAAUCCUCCACGCUUUCACCAUCAUCCCUAUGUCACCCACAUACCUGCCUCUACCUCCACAGGUUCACUAGUCUUUGCAGUCACGGUAACAGAUGAAGAUUCUGGCUCAAAUGCUCUGCUUCACUAUUCCCUCUCUGGUCGAAAUUCUGAAAAGUUUAACAUAGACCCAAUCAGAGGUGCUAUCAUUGCCAAUGAAAAACUUACUGGGAAUUCAGAGGUCACCUUCACCGUCCAUGUGAAAGAUGGAGGCGCCAACCCGAAAACAGACAGUACGACUGUUACAGUUCGUUUUGUGACCGGAGGAAACUUCCCCUAUAUUAGACUCAAAGAGAAGACCUUCACUUUCCCAGAAAACCAAGCCACAAACACUGUUGUUACUGAGGUCACUGGAACAUCACCCAGGGCAGGCCAUUUGUCAUUUUACAUUGCAAGUGGAAAUCUGGAUAAUGCAUUCCAUAUAGAUCAAGUUUCAGGGGAGUUGUCUAUUAAAAAGCCUUUGGACUAUGAGAAUAUUGAGAAGUACGUUUUAUGGAUAGAGGCACGGGACCAAGGUUUCCCUCCUUAUUCAGCUUAUGAGAAAGUGGAGAUUACAGUGCUGGAUGUUAAUGACAACCAUCCUGUUUUUGAGCAAGAGCCAUUCCAUGCAGAGAUUUUAGAAAACCUUUCACCUCAACGUGUGCUGAUAGUCUCUGCAGUCGACCAGGACAGUGGACCAAAUGGGCAACUGGAAUAUGCGAUCAUUGAUGGAAACAAAGAAAACAGCUUCAGCAUCAACCGUGCAACUGGUGAAAUCCGUUCUACACGACCUCUGGAUCGAGAGAAGGUUGCUCAGUAUUCUUUGAGAGUGAAGGCGACGGAUAGAGGAAGCCCCCCUAAGAGCACCGCAGUCCAAGUCUUGAUUAGCGUGCUGGACGUUAAUGAUAAUGCUCCCAGAUUCUCCAAAAUCUUCAGUGCUACUGUGCCUGAAAAUGCCCCAGUGGGCUUUACUGUUACACGAGUAACCACCACAGACGAAGAUGCAGGCGCUAACGCUAUAAGCCGAUACUCCAUAAGUGAUGCAAGCCUCCCCUUCAUCAUUCACCCUAGCACAGGAGACAUCACUAUCAGUAGACCUCUUAACAGAGAAGACACUGAUCACUACAUUGCCAAAGUCUCAGCACAUGAUUCAGGAUGGACCGUUAGCACAGACAUCACAAUAUUUGUGACAGAUUUGAAUGAUAAUGCACCCAGAUUUAGCAAGCCAUCGUAUUACUUGGACUAUCCUGAGCUGAUGGAUGUAGGAUCUGUUGUGACUCAAGUUUCUGCCACAGAUCCAGAUGAGGGAUUCAAUGGCAAAAUAUUUUACUUCAUCAGAUCCCAAACUGAGUAUUUUCGAAUCAACUCCACUUCUGGGGAGAUCUUCAUUAAGCAACAGCUCAGGUAUCAAAACUCAACUGGCCAUAGCAAUGUCAACAUAAACCGGCAUAGUUUCAUUGUCACUGCUUCGGACCGAGGUAUUAAGCCACUCAUGAGCGAAACUACGGUUAUCAUAAACGUAGUUGAUAGCAAUGAUAACCCACCCACAUUUGAAUCUGCCUUUUACUUUACUCCUGUCACUAAAAGUGUGAAGGUAGGCACCAGACUUCUCCAAGUAAAAGCCCAUGACGAGAAGGAUUUUGGUCUAAACUCUGAAAUAGAGUAUGUUGUAUCUGGAGGGAACAGCUCUAGCAAGUUCCGCUUGGAUAAACAAACUGGAUUUGUUUCAAUAGCAUCCUCCCUCACAGCAGACACCAAUAAAGUAUAUGUGCUUGAAAUAACGGCAAGUGACAAAGGGAACCCUCCCCUCUCAUCAAAGACAACUGUCAAAAUAGUUGUUACAGAGGAAAAUCAUCAUACUCCAGAAUUUUCACAAAACCAAGUAACAGUCACAGUGUCUGAAAGUCUGACCGUCGGCACAGCCAUCCGUACCCUUUCAGCUAGAGAUAAGGACAAAGACAAACAAAUGAAUGGUCUAAUUACAUACAACAUCUCCUCAGGCAAUGAGGAUGGCUUAUUUUCAAUUAACAGUCAAACAGGUGUUUUAUCCCUUGCAAAACCACUGGAUUAUGAGAAAAAGCAGAAGCACGAACUAAAAGUUUCAGCAACAGAUGGAGGGUGGAUUGCCAAGACGAGUUAUGUUACAGUUAACAUCCAUGUCACCGAUGUAAAUGAUAACCCUCCAGUGUUUGACCCUGUUGAAUACUUUCCAGUCGUGCAGGAAAACGUCCCCAGUGGCACUACUGUAGUAAAAAUGAAUGCAACAGAUAAAGACUCUGGCCCAAAUGCUCUGAUGGCAUAUGUCAUUCAGUCAUCCGACAGCGACCUAUUCAUAAUUGAUCCGAACUCAGGAAUCAUCACUACACAGGGUUUCCUGGACUAUGAAGCAAAACAAGCAUAUCACUUAACAGUCAAGGCUUUUAAUGUGCCAGAUGAAGAGCGAUGCAGCUUUGCAUACGUAACCAUUCAGUUGAAAGGAGCAAAUGAAUAUGUCCCUCGCUUUGUAUCAAAACAGUAUUACUUUGAAGUCUCAGAGGCUGCAGCUAAAGGCACAGUCAUCGGGGAGGUGUUUGCUAGUGACAGAGACUUGGGAGAAGAUGGCAGAGUUUAUUACUUGAUUUUUGGCAGAAGCAGGAAAAAGGGGUUUAGCAUUAAUAAAACUACAGGCCAAAUCUACGUCUCUGGACCACUUGAUCGUGAAAAAGAGGAAAAGAUUUCUCUCAAAGUCCUAGCUAAGAAUGCUGGAAGCAUAAGAGGGGCUGAUAUUGAUGAAGUGCUUGUAAAUAUUACUGUCCUGGAUGCCAACGAUCCUCCUGUGUUCACCCAAGAGCUCUAUGAUGUUCAGGUGAAUGAGGGACUCUCUCCUGGAGGCCUGGUAACAUUUGUCAGUGCUAAGGAUUCAGAUUCUGUCCCUAGCUGGAGCAGAUUUACUUAUGCAAUUGCUUCCCACAAUGAAAGAAAUAGCUUUACUGUAAACCCACAGACGGGACAAGUCUCUGUGGCUGCAGAACUGGACCGCGAAACUGUUCCUGUAUACAACAUCACUCUUCUGGCUGUAGACUCUGGUUCUCCAGCCGCCACCGGUAGUGCCAUUUUAAUUGUGACCCUGGAGGACAUUAAUGACAAUGGACCAACCUUGCUGACUACAAGUGGAGAAGUGAUGGAGAACCAGAGGGCAGGUACACCUGUAAUGAUGCUGAGCUCGACUGAUCCAGAUCUUGCACCAAACCAAGGCCCCUUCUCCUACAGCCUUAUCAACACUGGAUCUAGCUACUACUUUUCUCUCAGUCCAACUGGGGAGCUGACCACCAGCCGGGAGAUAGACAGAGAACAGACAAGUGAUUUCUACCUUUCUGUAAUGAUCAAAGACUCAGGUAUUCCUCAAAUGUCCUCCACAGGAACCAUCCAUGUCAAAGUCAAUGAUCAGAACGAUAAUCCCUCUGAGUCUCGCUCUGUGGAAAUCUAUGUCCAUUAUUUUGGAAAUAUGUUCUCUGGAGGAUUACUGGGGGUUGUGAAGCCACAAGAUCCAGAUAUACAGGACACAUUCCAUUGUUCUCUGACUCCCCCAGCAGCUGCCCUUUUCAGCAUUCCCCCAGGAACCUGUGACCUCAAGUCAAACAGUCGCUCCACGGAUGGCACUUUUGAUUUGACUGUGCGCAGCAGCGAUGGGGUCCAUGAUGCUGUUAACAGUCAUGUGCGUGUUUUUUACAUUGGGUACAAUAAUGCCACAGUAGAGAACAGCAUUCUGAUACGUCUCGUCUCCCAUAGCGCCAGUAACUUCCUUACCAAUCACUACCUCAGUUUCUUACGUAUCGCCAAUUCUCAAUUGGCUGGUUUGGGCACCGGGGUUCAGAUCUAUGGGAUGUUUGAACUAAACAACAGUACUUUCCUGAUGGCAGCAGUCAAGCGUAGUCAUGGGCAAUACAUCAAUCCAAGUGGAGUGGCCACUUUCUUUCAGAGCAUCAAGGAGAUUCUUCACAGACAAAGUGGAGUUAAGAUCGACUCUGUGGACCAUGAUCCCUGCUCCCACAACCCAUGUCAAAAUGGGGGCAGUUGUAAGAGACGUCUGGGUGUGGAGCCAGUCAUGAAGACUGAUGAAAGCGUCCCGGUCAUCCUUGUCUCGAAUCGUCCCCUAAAGCCAUAUGCCUGUGAUUGUAGACCAGGAUACGCUGGAGCCCUUUGUGAGACUGACAUUGACGAGUGCCAGCCAUCACCCUGCCACAAUGGAGGAACUUGCCAGAACUUGGUGGGUGGAUUUUCCUGCUCCUGUCCGGAAGGUUUCACUGGGAUGGCUUGUGAGAGGGAUAUCAACGAGUGCCUUUCAAACCCCUGCCAGAAUGGGGCACUGUGCCAGAAUUUCCCUGGGGGUUUCAACUGCUUGUGCAAAUCUGGAUUUGCAGGGAAAGCCUGUGACUCCAUCAUCAAUUACUGUGAGUGUAACCCCUGUUUUAAUGGGGGUUCCUGCCAGAACCGAGUGGAAGGCUAUUACUGUCAUUGUGCUUUUGGUGUUUUUGGGAAGCACUGUGAACUGAACAGUUAUGGAUUCGAAGAGCUCUCGUACAUGGAGUUCCCCAGUCUUGACCCAAACAACAACUACAUCUACAUUAAGUUCGCCACGCUAAAGGAAACCGCUUUGCUGAUGUACAAUCACGACAACCAGACCGGGGACAAAGCAGAGUUUCUCGCCCUCGAGAUCCUGGAAGGCCAAAUGAGGUUCUCAUUUAACUUGGGCAGCGGCACGUAUAAGCUCAUGACAAGCAUUCGGGUUUCAGACGGCCAGUUCCACACCGUCAUCGCCAGACGGGCAGGAAUGGCGGCGUCUCUGACUGUUGACCUUUGUGGAGAGGAACAGGAACCAGGAUACUGUGCCGUGAGCAAUGUGGCCGUUAAUACAGACUGGAUUCUGGACGUUCAGCCGAACCGUCUGUCUGUCGGAGGCGUUCGUUCAAUCGAAGCUCUCUUGCAUCGUAAAGGUCAGGUGGCCACGCAUGACUUCGUUGGUUGCAUCAUGGAGUUUGCGGUGAACGGGCGACCUCUGGAGCCAUCUCAGGCUUUAGCUUCACACGGCGUCCUCGAUAGAUGUCCCAGGUUAGAGGGUGCUUGUGCUUCUGAUCCCUGUAGACACGGCGGUACCUGUCUGGACAUGUGGUCAUGGAGACAGUGUCAGUGUGCCGAGGGAUUCACUGGACCCUCCUGUGACAAAUAUAUCACAGCAGACACGGCUCUCUCUCUGGAUGGUUCUGGCCGUCUGGACUACAGUUUAAGUCAGAGCCGAAAGAGAGACAUAUUGCUGUGGAGAGCCCUGCAGGACUCCAACCGACCCGACUCAGAAUACAGCAGCCUGGAGCUGAAGUUCCGCACGCGCAGCGCUUCUGGAACACUGCUGCACGCACAGGAGAACUCAAACUACACAACCAUAAGGCUGAAGAACGGUCUUCUGCAGUACGUGUCUGAUGCUGGUGUGGCCGGUAAAGUGGAGAGGAUUGUAGGAGAUGUAGUUUUGUCCGAUGCACAGUGGCAUACGCUGAAGCUUCAGAGAAACGGAUCGUCCACCGUCCUGCGCAUCGAUGACUCCAGCUCUAGAGUCAUUCUGCACAAUACGCAGGACUUCGGAGGGAUUGAAGUUCAUACGCUCUCUCUGGGAGGAGUCCCGGGACGAGUCUCUCAGCCGAAGGCCGCACCAGGUUUUGAUGGGUGUUAUGCCUAUGUGAAAUAUAAUGGAGAGAUGCUCCCAUUUAGUGGUGACCACAGGACCGUCUCCAUCUCGAAAACGAACCCCUCGGUGAAGAUUGGCUGUCGUGGCCCAAAUCUUUGUGAAAGCAGUCCAUGCUGGGACGGGCUAAUGUGUGUUAAUCAGUGGUACACCUAUCAGUGCGUCUCACCGGGUGACUGCGCCUCAAACCCUUGCCAGCACGGUGGCAGUUGCGUGCCCGGCCGUGGAAGAGGAUUCACCUGCGCUUGCGAUGAGCUCUACACCGGCAGAGUGUGCGAGAGUCUUGUGGCCUGUCUGGGUGUCCAGUGUCCACAGGGUACAGAGUGCAAGCUGGGAACCAACAGAGAGUUUACCUGCAGUCCGAGCGCCAAUGCAGAAGAGAUGGUUCUGCCUAUCUGGGCCGUGCCUGCAAUUGUGGGCAGUUGUGCGACAGUCCUUGCUUUGGUGGUUUUGAGUCUCAUACUGUGCAACCAUUGUAAGGGCCGCAAGAAAACAAAAGUGCCAAAAGAAGAGAAGAAAACAAAAGAGAAGAAGAAAAAGAAGAAGAAGGGUAGUGAAAAUGUGGCAUUCGAUGAUCCAGACAACAUUCCACCGUAUGGCGACGACAUGACGGUCCGUAAACAGCCAGAGGGAAACCCCAAACCUGACAUCAUAGAAAGGGAAAAUCCUUACUUGAUUUAUGAUGAAACUGACAUUCCACACAACAACGAAACCAUUCCCAGCGCCCCCUGUGCUCCGUGCCCAGGGCCGGAGGCUGACAUGGAACACUACGAUAUUGACAACGCAAGCAGCAUCGCUCCCUCAGAUGCAGACAUCAUUCAGCAUUACAAACACUUCAGGAGCCACACACCCAAGUUUUCCAUUCAGCGCCACAGCCCACUAGGCUUCGCCCGCCAGUCCCCUCUUCCGCUUGGGGCCGCCAGCUACAGCUACCAGCCCGCCUACACCCAAGGGCUUCGUUCCACGCCCCUCAGCCAUUCCGCCUGCCCCACGCCUAAUCCUUUAUCACGCCACAGUCCCGCCCCCUUUAACAAGCCAUCUUCCUUCUAUCGAAACACUCCUACCCGUGAACUCAACCUGGCACGACGUGAGGGCAGUCCUCUCGAUUUCCACGGCGAUGUGUGCCAACCUGCCAUGUUCAAUUAUGCCACAAGGUUGGGGCGCCGCAGUAAGAGCCCCCAGACGAUGGCGGGACACGGUUCUCGCCCCGGGAGUCGCCUUAAGCAGCCCAUCGAGCAAAUUCCACUGGAAAGUGGGCCACCAGUGGGUCUCUCAAUAGAGGAGGUGGAGCGGCUCAACACUCCUCGACCCAGAAAUCCCAGCAUUUGCAGUGCCGACCACGGGCGCUCCUCGUCCGAAGAGGACUGCCGCCGACCCCUCUCUCGUGUCCGGAACCCUGCGGAUGGCAUCCCAGCUCCGGAAUCUUCUUCCGAGAGUGACUCCCAUGACUCCUUCACCUGCUCGGAGAUGGAGUACGACAGAGAAAAACCCGUCUCUUACGGUUCUCGCGUGCCCAAGCUCUCCCAGGUCAACGAAUCAGAUGCAGAUGACGAGGACCACGGCGGAAGGCUGCGACAGCGCCGGUACUCCAGCCGACGUGCAGAGGGUGGGCCCGGCAGUCACCACAACACUCUGUCUGAGCAUCAGCAUCACACUUUACCCCACAAACUGGGCCAUGGGUCUAACAACUUCAAUUGGGACAAUCUACUGAACUGGGGUCCUGGGUUCACUCACUACGUGGAUGUUUUUAAAGACUUAGCACUGCUUCCUGAGGGCGCAGCUGCAAACGAUGUCGAAAUGAAGAGCGGUGAUGGAUCUGUUACGAUUCUCAACGAGGGCGAGGCUGAACAGUACGUAUGAGGAGCACAGACUCACCAUACUCGUACAAAAUACUGAUUCUUUUCAAUAUAAGAUUAAGACGAACUUAAAUGCAGUAAGGCAGAGCACUGAAUUGAAAGAGACUCUCUGUUAACCAGUUUACAACUACAAACUUGUCUGAGCAUUGGACUUGAUAGAAACAGCAAAGACCACUGGUGCUGCAUGAUGUAUGGCACGUUAUUUACAUUAAGGUUUGGCAUUGAUACUGUGCUUUAUGACCAAUUGAUCUUACUUAUUCAAGUCUACCGAAGUUUAGAGUGCUGUAUCUCUGCUAGAAACACACAUGAAGUGAAUCAGAAUCUGUCCAGUCUGACUGAGAUCAUAGAGCUGAAACCAGCUGGUUCAUGAUGAGAGGUCAGCGUGACCCUACUGCACUGAAGCUCUGAGCUCGGUCCAUUUGGCUCAUGUUUUUGUGUUAAUGCCUUUAGGAAAACAGGACCAUGAGCUUGGUGCGAAGAUCAAGGCUGAAUUUGGCUCUAGUGCUUCAUGCUUCAGCCAAGAACGGGUGUUUCCCUUCCUGAAUAAAUAGUAACAAAACCUUGAGAUAUGAGAGAAAUCAGGCAUCUGUCUUCUGGAUAUUUGAGGAUUAUUGACUGCGGACACUAUCUGUGGACUCGGUGUAUUGCAGGUUUUAUAUGAAAAUGUUUGACCUGUCAGAUGCCCAACUGCUAUAAGACUAUGAACAUUUUGUAUUAAUGAAGCUCAUUGGAAGUCAGUGUUCUCUUUCUUGUUGUUUUUUUUUAAUGUGAUCAGUGUUUAUAAAUGUCCGUUUCUACUUUUUUACUGUUUAUUAACUUAAAGGUUCAGCAGCGUUUUUAUGAAUAUUUUUCAAAUGCUGGAAAUUCUUACUUUCAGCUGGAGUAAGAUGAAACUUCUCGUUUUUUUUUUUUUACAUUUGUUACUUAUGAUGUCGACAGUAUUUUCCACUAUUUUGAUAAAACUAUAACAAUGUCUGAUUUAUACAUGUAAAAGCCAAUAACAGAAAAUAAAAUAUUUAUUUAAAAAAAAAUGUUAAACUCUGUUUCAAUGCAAUAUUGACGUGAACUUAUUAAAAUCAGGUUGGGGAAGGAUUUUAAGUUGGUGUUUGCUAAACUGUAAACAGAUCUGUGAGGAAUCCAAGCAAAGUUUAAAUAAAGUUUGGAAUGAAUUGAAUAAGAGCUCUGAGGUUUUGGAUGAGAAUGAGCCCUGAUUCAGCCAAACACAACACCGCCAUCACACACACACACCCACGCUAAUGUUUGAU